UGGCACAACCGCAGUGACAGCCAUGACCGCGGGAUGUGUGUCCAAUGGCCGAUGCAAUGGCCAAGCGCCAAGCUGAGCGCCUCGACCAACUAGACGAACCUCCAGAUGGGGAUGGGGAACUGGAGGAUCUGGAGGAAGAUGUGGAUCUGCUGCUUGCUUUGGAGGAGAGCUUGUGUUGCAAGCGUGUGAGUCUUGAGAACGAAGCUUGCCAGGUGGAAAUGGUGAAGCCUGGUCAUCAAAUACCAGAUUCAAUGGAGGUUCGCUUGUGCGUUGCCAGCUUCCUUUUGUGGUCGGAGCUUGUAGCCUCCUCCAUACUAUGUAAAGCAUGGCGAGUGCUUGAGCUCGAAGAUACCCUUUGGCAGGUCUACUUCUCUACCACAUGGCCCAGACUGGCCAGACGCCGCGAGGCCGUGUCUGGUGGUUUUUCCCAGCCAUGGCGGGUUCUCUUCCGAGCUCAAUGGACCAGGGGAAACCACAAGGAAGAUGCUGUUGAGGAAGACUGGCUUGACUUCAAUGCCGCACAAAGGCUCAGAAUGAUCAGAAUGCCUUCAAUGGAUUCAUUG